AUGCUCACCACCAUCGCCGACUCGCUCAUCCAAGCCUACGCAACAGCUCCCACCAUGAAGCGCCUCCUCGCCACUAUCCGUCUAGCUCUCCCGCGCCUCCUCACUCCCCCCUCCCUCGCGGCCGCAUCCUGCGCCACCGACACCGACUGCAGCCUGAACGGCCUCUGCGACACCCGCGCCGGCACGUGCCUCUGCGACGCCGGCUGGACGGCCGCCGACUGCGGCGUGCUGGACCUGCGCCCGGCACGGCCCGGCAGCGGCUACAACCGCACCGCGGCGGGCACGUCCUCGUGGGGCGCGCGCAUCGUGCCCGACCCGGCGGACCGCACCCUGCACCACCUCUUCGCCGCCGAGUUUGCGCACGGCUGCGGGCUCGACGACUGGGCGCCGUACUCGCGCGUCGUGCGCGCCGAGUCGCGCGCCGGCCCGGCCGGCCCGUACGCGUUUGCGGACGAGGUCGCGGGCACGUUUGCGCAUAACCCGACCGUGGUGUACAGCCCGGCCGACGAGGCGUACUUGCUGUACUAUAUCGGCUGCGCGACGGAGGUGGCGCCGCAGUGCACGGGCCAAAAGUUCACGUGCGGCCCGGGGAACGCGAAUAAUGGCGAGAGCGGAAUCGCGCUCAAGACGAGCAAGGACCUCAGGACAUGGACCGAUGUGAGACAGGUGUUCCAGGGCAAGGACAGCGGGGACUGGGACGCCGAUGUGACGAACCCGUCUGCGUUUCCGCUGCACGAGGCUGGCAACAGCACCAGCGCCAUUCUGCUGGCGUACCGCGGGUGCCCAUACGACUGCCGCGGCCGGGAGCAGAUCAACAUUGCCGUGGCGGCUGGCGGCCACCGCGGCCCGUACACGCGGGUGCAGCCGGACCCUCUCUUCCCGCAGGCCAACGAGGACCCCUUUGUGUGGCGGGACAAGCGCGGCCACUGGCACAUGCUGACGCACUCGCUGGCCGCCGACGGCGGGUUCGGCGACGGGCCGAGCGUGGGGCGGCACGCGUACGCGCGCGAGUACGCCGGCCCGUGGACGCUCGCGGAGCGGUCGCUGGCGUUUGACACGACGGUGCGGUACGAGGACGGCAGCGCGACGCAGUUCUUUCGACGGGAGCGCCCGCAGCUCCUGUUUGCGGCGGACGGCAGCAUGGCGCCGCUGCUGCUAACGACGGGCGUGCAGCCGCGGGGCAGCGCGAUGAGCUACACCGUCAUUGCGCCGGUCGGCGAUGCGGGCGUCAAGGCUCAGGAAGGGGAAACAUGA